AGGAAAAUAAACAUUGAUUACAUCACAUGUUAAACAAUAGUUUACCAUAAAAAUUAGAAGUGAUACUAUGGAUAAAUAACGCACUAAAGAUCAGAGUGAAUAAAAGCCUGAACAAGAACGAUUAUAGUCGUUAUUGUACUCUAUCACUUUCUAAUAGACUAACAUUGAAUACUAACCAUUAGAAGAUUCUGAAUUUUGAAAAUCCUUAUUUGUGGGAAAACUUGCUUUUACCAAGUACAAUAAGCAUAAAUACAAUGAUUAUAAAUUAUUUCAAGCAAUGUUGGAAAUGGGCAACCUGAUUCAAAUAUCACAAUAAGGCACCUUUAUUGGUUUUUUUUGCAGUCUUCAUAAUUCAACUUUUAAAUUUCCCAGUUAUUAUUAAAACUUAUAUCGCAAUAGUUAGAGCAAACAUUAGGUCUUUUUAGUCUCACUAAUCCUCUGAUGUGAUUACAAUUUUAUUGCCAAAAUCAAUAUCAGCAUAGCAACAUUAGUCUGAUA